AUGCGGAUGACAACAGCUCACGUACUCUCGGCGGUGAUGCUGGUGCUCUCGAGCGCUGGCGCUGGUGCGAGGGCGCUUGAUAUUGGCGACGAGCUGGGCAUGGGAUGGAAGAUGGGGCUGCUGCCGAGACAGGCGUCCCAGAACUUGCAGACCUUUACUGGAGAUUUGGGAGGCGUGAAGGCGUCCGCGAUUACAAAAUCAAACAACCCCGACAGGCCAUUUGAGGUUGAAGGAGACACUUUUCCCGACUUCUCGACUGCUGCCAAUCGUGCUUGCGACAACCAGAAGAACAAGUGUUCGCAGGCCGCGAACAACGGCCCUUCCAAGUUUGAUGUUUCAAAAUGUGAUACCCAGGCUACUGAUUGCAAAAAUGCGGCCGACUCAACAUCGAAGCAGAGCUUUGGUGAACCGGUGUUUGCGGGCACGGAUGGGAACUUUGACAUCUUUUGUGACCCUUGA